CUGUAGCCCAAACUCCGUCUGCCGGGCUCAAGUCGCCGCGUCUCCACCCGGCUUGUCUCUCUAUCCAACUGCCAUGGCGGAACAGCAGCAGUUCAACGUUUUGCUGGGGAACCUGAUGAGCCCUGACAACAGCUCCAGGAAGCAGGCCGAGGAGACUUAUGACCCACUCCCGGACUGUACGAAGGUUACCUUUCUUCUGCAAGCUGUCAGAGAUGCUUCUGCUGCUGAAGAGGUCCGGCAGAUGGCAGCAGUGCUGCUGCGACGGCUUGUCUCUUCUUCCUUCGAGGAAAUUUACCCCAAUCUGACCCCUGACAUGCAAACGGCCAUCAAAGCAGAGCUGCUGGCCGACAUCCAGCAGGAGACCUCAGCAAACCUCCGCAAGAAGGUCUGCGACAUUGCUGCUGAGCUCUCACGCAACCUCAUCGAUGACGAUGGGAACAACCAGUGGCCAGAGGUGCUGAAGUUUUUGUUUGAGUCGGUUAACUCUGACAAUGUGGGACUAAGAGAAGGAGCCCUUCACAUUUUUUGCAACUUCCCUGGAAUAUUUGGUAACCAGCAACAGCACUAUCUGGAUGUUAUCAAGCGCAUGCUGGUGCAGUGUAUGCAGGACCAGGCUAACCCACAGAUCCGAAUGUUGGCAUCUCGAGCGGCAUGCUCCUUCAUUCUGUCCAAUGAAAGCAAUACAGCAUUGUUGAGGCACUUCUCUGACCUACUCCCAGGAAUACUUCAGUCUGUUAAUGAGUCAUGUUACCAAGGAGAUGACUCGGUACUCAAGUCUUUUGUGGAGAUUGCGGACACUGCCCCCAAAUAUCUGAGACCCCACUUGGAGGCUGCGCUGCAACUUUGUCUCAAGCUAUGUGCCGACACGAACCUGACCAACAUGCAGAGACAGUUGGCGCUGGAGGUCAUCGUUACAUUAUCCGAAACUGCUGCUGCUAUGUUGAGGAAACACACGUCCAUCGUGGCUCAGAGCAUUCCCCAGAUGCUGGCAAUGAUGGUCGACUUGGACGAGGAUGAUGAGUGGGCCUUGGCAGAUGAAUUGGAGGACGAUGACUUUGACAGCAACGCUGUAGCUGGAGAGUGCGCCCUGGACAGGAUUGCCUGUGGCCUGGGUGGAAAGAUCAUCUUACCCAUGAUCAAACAACACAUCAUGCAGAUGCUGCAGAACCCUGACUGGAAGUACCGGCAUGCUGGGCUGAUGGCUCUCCCUGCCAUCGGUGAGGGCUGCCACCAGCAGAUGGAGACCAUUCUCAAUGAGAUCGUCAGCUUGGUGCUCAUCUUCUGCUCAGACCCGCAUCCCAGAGUUAGAUAUGCUGCUUGCAAUGCCAUUGGACAAAUGUCCACUGACUUUGCUCCCACGUUUCAAAAGAAGUUCCACGACAAGGUGAUAUCGGCUCUGCUCCAGACGAUGGAGGACCAGAGUAACCCUCGUGUUCAGGCUCAUGCUGCUGCCGCUCUCAUCAACUUCACUGAAGAUUGCCCCAAAGCUCUGCUUGUUCCAUAUCUGGACAGUUUAGUUCAACACCUUCACGUUAUCAUGGUUGCCAAGCUGCAGGAGUUGAUCCAGAAGGGCACCAAACUGGUCCUGGAGCAGGUUGUGACAUCCAUCGCCUCAGUGGCAGACACAGCAGAAGAGAAGUUUGUGCCGUACUACGACUUGUUCAUGCCCUCACUGAAACACAUUGUGGAGAACGCGGUGCAGAAGGAGCUGCGGCUGCUGCGAGGGAAAACCAUCGAGUGCAUCAGCCUCAUCGGACUGGCUGUCGGCAAGGAGAAGUUCAUGCUGGACGCCUCGGCCGUCAUGCAGCUGCUCCUCAAAACUCAGACGGACUUCAAUGACCUGGAGGACGACGAUCCCCAGAUAUCGUACAUGAUAUCGGCCUGGGCGAGGAUGUGCAAGAUCCUGGGUAAGGAGUUCCAGCAGUACCUGCCGGUGGUCAUGGGCCCCCUGAUGAAGACUGCCUCCAUCAAGCCUGAGGUGGCGCUGCUGGACACUCAGGACAUGGAGAACAUAUCUGAGGAUGACGGCUGGGAGUUUGUGAAUCUGGGAGAUCAGCAGAGUUUUGGAAUCAAGACAGCCGGGCUGGAGGAGAAGGCCACCGCCUGCCAGAUGCUGGUGUGUUAUGCCAAAGAGCUGAAGGAGGAUUUCGUGGAGUACACAGAGCAGGUGGUCAAGCUGAUGGUUCCGCUCCUCAAGUUCUACUUCCAUGAUGGUGUGCGAGUGGCGGCUGCCGAGUCCAUGCCCCUGCUGCUGGAGUGUGCCCGAGUCAGAGGUCCGGAGUACCUGACGGAGAUGUGGCUCUUCAUGUGCGAUGCCCUCAUCAAGGCCAUCGGCACCGAGCCAGACUCGGACGUGCUCUCUGAAAUAAUGCACUCCUUUGCCAAGUGCAUCGAGCUGAUGGGAGACGGCUGCCUGAACAAGGCCCACUUUGAGGAGCUGGGUGGCAUUUUGAAGGGAAAGCUGGAGGAGCAUUUCAAGAACCAGGAGCUAAGACAAGCCAAGAGAGAAGAUGAAGAUUAUGACGAGCAGGUGGAAGAAACGCUACAGGAUGAGGAUGAGAAUGACGUUUACAUCUUGACCAAAGUGUCGGACAUUUUGCACUCGGUGUUCAGCAGCUACAAGGAAAAUGCUCUGCCGUGGUUCGAGCAGCUGCUGCAGCUCAUCGUGCAGUUGAUCUUACCAGAGAGGCCGUGGGCCGACAGGCAGUGGGGCCUGUGCAUCUUCGACGACGUGGUGGAGCACUGCAGCCCGUCCUCUUUCAAAUAUGCCGGCUGCUUCCUGCAGUCCAUGCUGCAGUCGCUGACGGACAUGAAGCCCGAGGUCCGGCAGGCGGCGGCAUAUGGUGUCGGCGUCAUGGCUCAGUUUGGAGGGGAGAGCUACCGUGCCGCUUGCAUGGAUGCCGUGCCUCUGCUGUUCCAAACCAUCCAAGCUGGAGACUCGCGCUCUAAAGAGAACGUCAAUGCGACGGAGAAUUGCAUCUCAGCUGUGGGCAAAGUGCUGCGCUUUAGACCAGAGUGUGCCAACGUGGACGCCAUCCUGCCACACUGGCUCAGCUGGCUGCCUCUGAAUGAGGACAAAGAGGAAGCUGUCCACACGUUUGACUUCCUGUGUGACCUCAUCGAAAGCAACAAUCCCAUCGUUCUGGGCCCCGACAACUCCAACCUUCCCAAGAUCUUCCUCAUCAUUGCUGAUGGUGUCGCCAGCGAGUCCAUCAAGAGUGAAGACGCAUGCAGCAAGCGACUGGCCAACGUCAUCAGACAAGUCCAGGGUUCUGGAGCCUUGUGGUCUCAGUGCGUGUCCUCUCUGAACGAGACGCAGCAGAAAGCCCUACAAAACCUUCUGAGCACCGCCUGAUCCCUUCCUCUACUCAACACGCCGCCUUCUUCCUCCUGCUGUGACCUGUAGUGACGCCGGCUCCACCACUUUUCCACCGCAUCCAUAUGCUGCCAACCCGAGGAAGGAGGUUGGACAUUUGGGACAUUAGGGGACAGAAAAGGGUCAUGAACUGAACUGCUGAAUGAAGUGGAAUGCACACUGGGCGAUCACUGCCUCUUCUGUGAACUAUUUUUUUAAUUUUUUUUUCUUCUUGUUUGGUGUUGCCUGAUGGGGAUUGUCUCCAAGGUAACAGCAUGUCUCAGUGACUAACUGUAGAAUAUAUAGACUAUGACUUGACAUAACUGUAUUUGGGAAUUUACAAAUUUUAAGCAAACAUCCAUGAAUCUUCCACAGUUUCGUCCCCUUCAGCAGUAGCACCGACGGGGUAAUAUGGCUGAGUGUAACUGUGUUGGGAAAUACUCAGCCCUGCAGGUUUGUGAUGGAAUCCCAGUAAAAAAAAAAGUCAAUAAAAUUCCAUUGGCAAAUUAA